GGUAGGUAGUCGAGUACGAGUACUGUGAUCCACUUCCAAUUCCAAACACCAACAAAUCAAAACAGGAUAGAGAUGGAAACGGAAGUCGCCGACGACCCCGCCGCCGUCGAUAUCGAAGCUGGAUACGGCGGAGUAGAUAGCGGCGAAGAGGCUGUGGCGGGAGGCGGAAGCCGUAGAAAAUCGGGGCGUGACAACGUGAAGGGUCCUUGGUCUCCGGAAGAAGACGCGGUGCUGACCCGGUUGGUGAGUAAUUUCGGGGCGAGGAAUUGGAGCUUGAUCGCCCGAGGAAUCGACGGACGAUCCGGCAAGUCUUGUCGCCUGCGGUGGUGUAAUCAGCUCGACCCCGCCGUCAAGCGCAAGCCCUUUACUCAUGAGGAGGAUAGGAUGAUAGUUGCAGCCCAUGCAAUCCAUGGAAACAAAUGGGCUGCAAUUGCUCGGCUUCUACCAGGGAGGACAGAUAAUGCCAUAAAAAACCAUUGGAAUUCCACACUAAAGCGCCGGUGCAUGGACACUGACAAAAUAAAGUUAGAAUCUGGUAAUAUGGUUGAAGAUGUUAGCUUUGACAAAACAAAAGGAUCAUCUGAAGAGACCUCGUAUGGGGACGUCAAUUCAUCUAAAUCUAUGGAAGGAAGAGAAGUCAGUUCUUUAGAGCAUAUGGAUGAUCAAGAUGAAUACAACGGGUCAUCAGAAGUUCAGUUUAGUCAUGAAGCCACCGAACAGCCUACUCUCUUUAGACCAAUGGCCAGGAUCAGUGCUUUUAGUGUAUAUAACCAAUCAAAUAGCCAGGAGCCUGCAUCAUCAUUCCCAAGGCCGAUCCCAGUGCAAGGACCUCUUGUUCAAGCAUCAAAACUAGAUGUUGGCAUAAAUAAGUUUCUUGAAGGAGUUUAUGGUGAGCGAUCAGUGCCUGAUCGGUGUGGCCACGGUUGCUGUCGUGCAGAGAGUGGUAUGAACUUUCAAAACUCGUUGUUGGGGCCAGAAUUCGUGGAAUUCUCCGAGCCUCCCUUGUUUCCAAGUUUUGAAUUGGCUGCAAUUGCCACAGAUAUAAGUAACCUUGCUUGGCUUAAAAGUGGGUUGGAGAAUAACAGUGUAAGAGCAGUGGGUGAAACGGCUGGUAGAAUAACAACUCAUGGGUCUCAAGACCAAACGGGGCGUUUUGAGGAGAGUAGAAUGAAUCAUCUUUUUCCCACUGAAGAGAGAAAGGAUAGGCUAAUGGGCAUGAAGACAAAUGUGCUAUCAACCUAAGAGCCACGGAUAAGAGAAAGGUUCAAAAUUUUCUUUAAGAAACUUUCAAUAACCUUUUGGCCUGGGUUCCUGAAUGUUGUACGACAUAAUAGCUGAUGCAUUGUGUCGGAGGCACACUUACGAUGUAAAAGCAUGAUGAAGAAAUUUGUUUCUCCAGUUGACGCAGUGGCAUGAGUUCACAGUUCCAUCCAUAUGUUCAAGUGGAGAAUGUAACUUGUUAAUUCAGUAGAAAGGUGCGAACAUCGCCUCUCCAUUCAUUCGAUAUGCUUGUAGUUAUUUAGCUCAACAGAACUUGAAGCAACUCUUUUCAACUCAAGAAACUCUCUCCCUUGUAGCUGCUGUCAGCUUAGAAAAUAUGUUUCAUUGUUUCUGUUGUUCAAUCUAUAUUCGGAAUAUUACUUAA